CAACUACUACUAGCCUAGGCAUUUUAACUGUUGAUCCAGCAAAUAUAAUUCCAAAAUGGAUGGGGAACGUUUUGUUUCUCACCUGAAGUCCCUUGGAGUUCCUGGAGCAGAUGCUUUAGUAGGCAGUAAUUAUGACUGGCUAUUCCUAACAGAGCAGGGUUCUCCAUUAGCAACCUUUUUGAAUGGUUCGUGGAACAUCUUAUCCAGUGAUGUUUUGUCAGAGAAUGAAUUGAAAAAUUAUGAUGCAGCAGUUUCUAGAGGGGAAAUAUUGACAAGUCAUCAGCUGGAAGAGAUGGAGGCCUGUUUUUCAUGUUUACCAAGCUUGAGCAAUGCUUGUCAGGAGGAAGAUCAGACAAACAUUAUAUCAUCCGAGGAAAAGGAAAGACUAGAGUUGCAACUAGAUAUUUUAACAAGGAGGAAAAAUCAGUUAAGUACACACAAAAUGGAGCUGAGAGAGGAUGUAUAUUCUGCAAGUGAAAGUGUAAAGGAAGCUGAAGCAGCCUUUAAAAACCAGCAGGAAGCAGUAAUAAAUGCCAGUCGACAUCUAUCAGAGUCUCACAGGAACUUGGCCUCAAGCUUGGACAAACUCUCGGAAAUUUUUAUUAAUUUUGACAAGAUGACUGAGGAAGAUGCAAGGUUCAUUUCACAAUUAGACCUUGCCUGAAUGGCCACCAAGAAGAAAGCAAAAUUUACGGAGAUGUUAAAGGGAUAUAUAAAAAAACAGUUUAGAGAGGGUGUUAAAAUAGUAGCCGGAGUAGAGGAUUCUACAGAGUACUGUCUCUUGGAUACAGACAAUCUUGAUAUGCAUUUGGUACGAGGUGCUGGAAAAUUAGAGUACAUGCAAAAUGUGAAUGAACUUAAUAGACUUGAUGAACUGUUGCGACAGACUGAAGAGGAACGUCUAGAUGGGCUGAUUUUGCAAGCAAGACGGCAGGCAGAGGUUGAAGAAGCUAACCGGCUUUUGUCAGCAAUUCACAGAAAAAAACUUCCAACAGCUUUACCCAUGAUACAACAGCAAACCACAGAAGCUUUGAAUUCUCGAAUGCUGCUAAGUCAUGAAAUGCAGCAGCAGCACCAAAUUCUCCAGUCACUUGUAGCAGAGGUGGCACAGUUAGAAAGUACAAAAACAAUUAGUGGUAAUUAUCAGUUGAAAUGCAAGCGCCAGGAAUAUUUUCUUGAAAAGCAGAAAAUAGUUAUGGAUCAGCUGAUAUCUCAACUGGCAAGACAUGAUUGGAUUAAGAUAGCCCUAGAUGUUGAGAGUGACAUGAUCAGUGACAUUCUCCAGGUUUUGAAGACCAUCAAUUCAGUAUUGUCUGAUGAAGACAACAGUUACAGAGAAAGAAUGAGUCGAAUGGACAGAAUGAUUCAAGAGCACAGUAAAGAGAAAGCAACUGGCCAGCUUCCCCCACCUCUAGUCACUCUAGCACAGAUUUUGCCACCAUUAUCAAACUCUCAAGUGGGAAGUGAAUCCCAUCAUCAUGAUCCCCCUAAUGGAGAUAAUUUGUUAAAGCAAGUCAAGUCACUGAAUAAAGCUUUAACAGUUGCCAGGGAACAGAUUUAUGCUGCUAGAAACCCUCAGUUCUCACGACUUAGUAGGAUGGUUAUGAACUGUGAACUUCUUGAGAUAGGUCUAUUUGGAAAAGCUGGAAGCCUCAAAACACUGCCUUUUACUUGGCUUGACCCAAAACUUGUUGAGAAAUACACAAACCUUGAACAAGAGGACUGGAAGUUGAAGCAGAAAGUUUUACAUCUGCUUAGUCAAUAUGAAGAAAAGAAAAAGUUGUUGCAGAUUGAACCAACAUUACGCAAAGAGAUGAUACAGUGGACGACUGAUGUAGUAAAUGCUCUUAGGUAACUAGCAUUAUCUGUAUUGGCAUUACUGCUGUAUAUUCAGAUAUAUCAGUGGCUUAACCACAAUAGUUAUGAUUAUCAUGGGUAGAAUUAAGCAUCUUUGAAACAUGGGUACUUUUUAACUUUUUUACACUUCAGGAGAGAUUUGAUGAAACAUGGAUACUUUUUAACUUUGUAACACUGCAGGAGAGAUUUGAAUCUUUCUAAAGUUGAGUUUUGGUCAUAGGUAAGCAUUCUAGCAUCCUUUGAUAUCAGAUGUCUGAUUGAUGGUAUUAGUUUCAUUGCUCUUGCCUGUGCUGCUUCUAACUUUUCUGUGUCCUUCCUCUUAUAUACUAGUACUUGUACACAACAUACUGUAUUGUAAGUGGGGUUGAAGUUAGUAUUGUCUCCUUGUUCUUAAGUGGUAAAGUAAUUCAGUUUAUAAUAAUAUAUCUGGGCUUUCUUUUCAACUUUUAUACAUUGCUUAAAGAACUGUUAGUCACCGUUUUAUUUUUUUAAACAGGUAUGAUUAAAGUUGUGUAAAUAUUAUAUGGAGUGUUUGUUGCUGAUGACAAAGUUUUGUUGAAUAGUGUUCAAUAUAAUCUUAAACAAGUUAGAAAAGUUUAUUAAAACCUCUUCCUUUAACUGUCAGGGAAUUUACUGAAAACUCUUCACUCAUCCAUCAUGGAAUAUGUUGAACACUUCUUUUAACCAUCAUGGAGAAGCCAGAAUGGUUCAUUGUUGGUCCUAGUUCAUCAUUUACAUCAAAGCAGUAACUUCAUUAGCACAGAUCUCUGCAGCUUCUCUGAAAUUACUGCUGGUGAUUUUUCUGUUAGAACUACUUGACCUGUCCCAUCAAAAAAAUUGCUGAUUCCAUCAGCAAUUUUGCAAGCACUUAUCAAGAAUGAAAAUAAGUGUUUGCUAGGUACUGGCUUACUAUGAUAUCAGAUGUCUGAUUGAUGGUAUUAGUUUCUUUGCUCUUGCCUGUGCUGCUUCUAACUUUUCUGUGUCCUUCCUCUUAUAUACUAGUACUUGUACACAACAUACUGUAUUGUAAGUGGGGUUGAAGUUAGUAUUGUCUCCUUGUUCUUAAGUGGUAAAGUAAUUCAGUUUAUAAUAAUAUAUCUGGGCUUUCUUUUCAACUUUUAUACAUUGCUUAAAGAACUGUUAGUCACCGUUUUAUUUUUUUAAACAGGUAUGAUUAAAGUUGUGUAAAUAUUAUAUGGAGUGUUUGUUGCUGAUGACAAAGUUUUGUUGAAUA